UUUUCGUUUAGCUUCGGCUACGUGUGGGUGUGACAGCUCGGCGUCAAAAUGGCGGAUACCACAAUCGUCCAACUUCUCGCUCUUGUUGUGUUUGUUGUUGCUCUGGUCAGCGGUGAAGAUGACCAUGGCACGAAUACUGUCAGCUAUGACAAGAAAACCUUUGAGGCCGGCAUUGCGAAGGGCCGGAAUUUUGUGAUGUUUUAUGCACCUUGGUGUGGCCAUUGCAAGAACCUGGCUCCGACAUGGGAUCAGCUGGCCAACGUUUACAACAAAAAAGCCACCAGUCCAGUGGUGAUUGCCAAGGUGGACUGCACGGUACAGACAGGCCUGUGCGCCGACCACGAGAUCGUAGGUUUCCCCACCCUCAAGCUGUUCGAGGCGGGCGGGGAAAGCCACAAACGCUACACGGGGAAGCGCGACCUUGAGUCUCUGAAGGCCUUCGUUCAGGACAACCUGCAGGGGGAAGAAGGAGAGGCGGUAGAGCAGGCCCCUGAAGGCAAGCCCGAGGUUCCCGAGCCCAAAUCUGCCCUGGUCACCCUGACCGACGACACGUUCGCCGAGCACGUUGCUGAGGGCGGCCAUUUUGUCAAGUUCUACGCCCCGUGGUGCGGCCACUGCAAGAAGCUGGCGCCCGUGUGGGAGGAGCUGGCCGAGACGUUUGGCCACGUGGAGGAUGUCAGCAUCGCCAUGAUUGACUGCACGAGGUCACAGGUCAUCUGCAAGCAGUACGAGAUCCGGGGCUACCCGACACUCGUGUGGUUCGUCGACGGGAAGCAGAAAGACAAGUACCAAGGUGCUCGCACACACGAGGCUCUCAAAAAGUUUGUGGCCGAGCGGAUGGAGGAAGGUAGCCAGGAGGGGGAGGAGGAGGAGGAUGAGGGAGAGGAGGAGAACGCCGACGAUCUGGUACAGGUGGCUGAGGGCAAAGUCUUGGAUCUGAACCAGGCCAAUUUCAAGGCACAGUUGAAGGCUUCCAGUCUGAUCUUUAUCAAGUUUUUUGCCCCAUGGUGUGGUCACUGUAAGCGACUUGCCCCCACCUGGGAUGAGCUGGCGAAACACUUUGCCGACGAGGAGGUGGCUAUUGCCAAAGUGGACUGCACCCAGCACAAGUCUGUCUGUGAUGAUUACCAGGUACGAGGUUACCCGACCUUGAAAAUGUUCCGUGACGGCGAAGUGGUCAACGACUACCGGGGCCCCCGCGCCCUCGAGGACCUGAGUGGCUACGUGAAGAAAUACCUGGAGGAGAACCACGAUGAACUCCUCAUCUCAUCUCAUCUCAUCUUGCCUUCCAGGUGUGGUCACUGUAAGCGACUUGCCCCCACCUGGGAUGAGCUGGCCAAACACUUUGCCGACGAGGAGGUGGCUAUUGCCAAAGUGGACUGCACCCAGCACAAGUCUGUCUGUGAUGAUUACCAGGUGCGAGGUUACCCGACCUUGAAAAUGUUCCGUGACGGCGAAGUGGUCAACGACUACCGUGGCCCCCGCGCCCUCGAGGACCUGAGUGGCUUCGUGAAGAAAUACCUAGAGGAGAACCACGAUGAGCUCUGAUUGGCUGAGAGGAGAUGUUUGCGAAAAGAUUUAUAUGAUUGAUAUUUUUUUGUAGUUUGAAAGCGUUCGUUGUUUGGGAGAUUGAAAAUUUUUCUUUUUUUUUCGGUGCUUGGUGUGUAGUUUUGUUAGCGUAGCUGCAGCGGUUGAGUGUGAAAUGAUUGGUGUCUUUGAUGCGGUAAUUGUAAUUUGAUGCAGUAAGAGAUUUUGCUGUUGAUGUGUGGCAUUACUUGCUUUCUAAGAUUUUUCACGAUGAUGAUUGUAUUGAUGAUUGUCCUGUUGAUUUGAUGAUUGUCUAAUUAGAUUGGUGAUUGUCUUGUUGAUUUGAUGAUUGUCUAAUUAGAUUGAUGAUUGUCCUGUUGAUUUGAGGAUUGUCGAACUGGAUUGAUGAUUGUCCUGUUGAUUUGAGGAUUGUCGAACUGGAUUGAUGAUUGUCAGAUUACAAAGAUGACUGCAGUGUGCUUUGUGUGUUUGAUUGUUUGGUCAGUUUCAUGACGUACACAAUGCUGCCAUCAUUCACCACUGACGAGGCAAGGUCUUUUUUUUUGUAAAAAGAAAAAAAAGAAGUAUUUAGAGUAGUUUGAUGAGCUAGCUUUGUUGUUUGAUAUCUGUGGGCAUUUGUCGGUGGAGGGAUCACUGGCUUUGUAAGUGCAUUCUGUGUGUGUGAGCGAGUGUGUGUGUGUAUGUGAAUAUGUGUGUGAGUGUGUGUAAUUGUGUGCGCGAGCGAGUCUGUAUGUGUGUGUGUGUGUGCUUGUGUGUCUGUGAAUGCUUGAUUGUUGCGUAUGCGUAAGAGGGUAUAUAUAUGUGUGUGUGUGUGUGUGUGUGUGUGGGCGUAUGUGCACAUGAGAAAGCGAACGAGUGCCAUCGACUGUUGUUUCGCAUGCUGUUUCAACAACAUGUCUCUGGAUUUGAAGCAGGUGGUGCACUUUUUGUAAAGACAUAUUUGCUAAUUUCUCAACAAUGUUGGUAAUGCGUCUCCUUUCAAUAAAACUCCACCUUGCCUUUUGAUAAAGUUUGUUGUAUGGUAUUAACCUCAUCACUUCCAGACAUUAGACUGGUUUUGAGCUUUUUACAGCUGGGUUUUAUUAUUUUUUUUGCUUUGUUUUUUGUUAAAUUUUUUGAUUAAAUGAAAUCAUGUUGUUUUUUAUUUUGUUUUUGUUUAUUUUUUAAAAUAUUAAAUGAAAUUAAUAGUGACUAGGUGGUUAUUGAAUGUCUGUUUGUCUGUAUUUUGUGGCUGGGGUAAUGUUUUUGAGUGGGAGUUUGGGAGCAUUUGAGACGAGUGGGUCUUGAGCCAGUGGCUGUUUCUUCACUUUUUGUUCUUGUUAGUGCUUCUUCUUCCUGGUUUGUUGACUACUUCAAAGAUAUAUAUAUAUAAUUGUUGUUAGUGCUUCUUCUUCCUGGUUUGUUGACUACUUCAAAGAUAUAUAUAUAUAUAUAAUUGUUGUUAGUGCUUCUUCUUCCUGGUUUGUUGACUACUUCAAAGAUAUAUAUAUAUAUAUAAUUGUUGUUAGUGCUUCUUCUUCCUGGUUUGUUGACUACUUCAAAGAUUAUAUAUAUAAUUGUUGUUAGUGCUUCUUCUUCCUGGUUUGUUGACUACUUCAAAGAUAUAUAUAUAUAUAUAUAUAUAUAUAAUUGUUGUUAUUCUUGUACAGCAUAAUAAAACUACACAUUCACAUGCCUUUUGCACGUAAUACACGAGAGAUAGAUUGAUAAAUGAGUGAGUCGUGAGUGAAAGGAAAUUUGAGUAAAUUUGUCUCACUUUUACCGUAAGUAGAUUGCAAUGUGCAGACUCUCAUGAACAGUUUGUGAAGGGGAUUAAAUGAAACUUUGUAUGAA